GAGGAGUUCCACUGCCAUAUAUGAAGAUAUGGUGUAUUGCAAGAAAUCGUAUAAAGAUCAGUUCACUGAUACAUGCUUGGAAGUAUCCUGUCAUUCAACAAGUAGAACGCAUAUAAAGAAGCAGUAGAAACUACCUCAGAUGUAACUAUAGAAAUCUAUAUGACAUGCUAUUGUAAUCAUGGAGUUUAUUAAAGUGGAAAUUGGGGACAUGAGUGAUGAAGAACCAUCCAGAGUGGAAAAUGAAAAUAUUGAGGAACAAAGAGACCUGAUGGGAGUGAAAGAGGAAAGGCAAUAUCAGAAUGAAGCGGAGGAGGAACAUCAGUAUAAAAAAACGCAUAAUUUUAUAACUGGAGAAAAUUCUAGUUGCUCAGUGUUUGCCAACAGUUUCUCUCAAAAAAGAAUAGAAGCCACAACAUCUUUCACGUGCCAUCAGUGUGGAAGUAUGUUCACACAAAAAGGAAGCCUCAAGGUUCAUUUAAGAAUCCACACCGGUGAGAAGCCUUUCACAUGCCUUCAGUGUGGCAAGAGUUUCACGCGUAAAGGAAAUCUUAAGGAUCACUUACGAGUCCACUCUGGAGAGAAGCCCUUCACGUGCCCUCAGUGUGGAAAGAGUUUCACCCGUGAAAGAUACUGUAAGGAUCACAUGAGAGUUCACACCGGAGAGAGUCGUUUUGCUUGCCCUCAGUGUGGCAAGAGCUUCACGUGUAAAGACCAUCUUAAAGACCACAUACGCAUUCACACAGGAGAGAAGCCCUACGUGUGCCAUCAGUGUGGAAAGAGGUUCUCACGUAUAGGAAACCUUAAGGAUCACAUGAAAAUUCAUGCUGGAGAGAAGCCUUUCAUAUGUCCUCAAUGUGGCAAAAGUUUCAGGCGUAAAGGAAAUCUCAAAGGUCACAUACGAGUUCACUCUGGAGAGAAGCCCUUCACAUGCCCUCAAUGUGGAAAGAGUUUCACACGGGAAGGAUACUGUAAGGAUCACAUGAGAGUUCACAGCGGAGAGAGUCGUUUUGCAUGCCCUCAGUGUGGAAAGAGCUUCACGUGUAAGGAAAAUCUCAAAGACCACAUACGCAUUCACACAGGAGAGAAGCCCUACUCGUGCCGUCAGUGUGGAAAGAGGUUCUCCCGUAAAGGAAACCUUAAGUAUCACAUGAGAAUUCACGCUGGAGAAAUGGCUUUCACUUGCCCUCAGGAUGGAAAGACUUUUACACAUGAGGGAUACGUUAAAGAUCACAUGAAAGUUAACUCUGGGAAGAAGCCGUUUGCAUGUCUUCAAUGUGGAAAGAGUUUCAAACAUAAAGGAUAUUUUAAAGAUCACCUGAGAGUACACUCGGGCGCGAGCCCUUUCACAUGCUCUCAGUGUGGAAAGAGUUUCACACAGAAAGGACACCUUAAUGCUCACACACGGAGUCACACUGGAGAGAAGCCCUUCACAUGCUGCCAGUGUGGGAAGGGUUUUACCCGGGCGGCGUAUCUCAACAAUCACCUGCGUUCUCACUCGGGAGAAAAGCCGUUUAACUGUGAUCAGUGCAGGCAGAAAUUUAUUCUGCCGAGACAUUUAAAGACCCACCUUAAAAUCCAUACUAAUGAGAGGCCCUACUUGUGUUCUUUUUGUGGCAAGACUUUUUUAUGGCUUAGUAAUUUUACUCAUCAUCAGAAAAUGCAUAGUGGUGUGAAAGCUCAUUCGUGCACUGUGUGUGGUAAAGCUUUUACUAGAGCUGGCGGCUUGAAAAUACACAAAAGAAUCCAUACUGGAGAAAAACCAUACGCAUGUACACAUUGUAGAAAGGGUUUUACUGAGUCUGGAAAGCUGAAACAACAUUAGAAAGUUCAUACUGGAGAUACGCCUCUCCUCCAUGUGGAAAGAGUUAUGCACAGUCACAUACU